GUCUUCUGCGCGUCUUCGUGCGAACGUGUACCGUAUCAUGACCUUGUUCCCCUUCAUCUGUUCCUUUUCCGGCUCACACCUCGAAAUAAUCGGGACGAUACGCGGACGGUUCGAAUAACAGACAGAAACGAGUCUUCGGCCGAUAAAAAUGAAAUACAUCGGGGCACUCGACGUGGGUACUACGACCGUGCGUUUUCACAUACUCGACGAGAAGGCGAACACCGUUGCUUCCUCCGUGGAGAAGGUCCGUCUUUUAUAUCCAAAGCCUGGCUACGUGGAAAUAGAUCCAGAUGAGUUAUGGCAGGCCAUAGUGAACGUGAUAAAUAAUACUUUAAGAGAAAGCAAAGUGAAUGCGGAAACUAUAGUUGGUCUCGGAAUAUCCACGCAACGAUGCAGCUUCACAACAUGGAAUUUGAAGGAUGGGAGACACUAUCACAAUUUCAUCACGUGGAAAGAUUCACGUGCUAACGACAUGGUAAAUGAAUGGAACUCAUCCAUAUCAAUGAAAGGAUUGCGAUUAGGAUCGCAAAUUUUAUACACGCUCUCGAGGAAGAAACGAUACUUGGCCGCGAGUGUCUUCAAAUUCAUGAACACACAGAUAUCUCUAAGGUUAUUGUGGGCAUUGCAACAUGUGCCAGGUUUGCAGGAAGCGGCGAACAACGGAAAUGCCGUUUUCGGAGGUGUCGAUUCUUGGCUUUUGUAUAAACUAACUGGAAGACACGUGACAGACGUCUCGAGUGCAUCAGCUACUGGACUCUUUGAUCCAUUUACAAUGUGCUGGUCAUAUGUAAUGAUAAACCUGCUGAAACUGCCGAACAGCAUCUUUCCAGAAGUAAUGGACACCUGUGGCAAUUUUGGUGUCACCCCAAAAGACGUAUUCGGAGUGGAAAUUCCUAUACUUUGCUCAAUGGCAGAUCAGUCAGCUUCGCUGUUUGGUUCGGGAUGCACGCAACCGGGAGAUUUGAAAAUCACCAUGGGAACUGGGACAUUUGUGAACGUGAACUCGGGAAGCAAAGCUCAUGCCUCGGUUUCAGGUUUAUAUCCACUAGUCGGAUGGCGGAUAAACGACGAAUUAGUAUACAUGGUGGAGGGUGCAUCGAACAACACAGGGGUCCUCAUUGAGUGGGCCAAGAAGAUAGGCAUAAUUGAUCAUGCUGCUGAAACAGCGAACACUGCCAGGUCUGUGAAUGACUCUGAUGGAGUGUACUUUGUUCCUGCGUUCAGUGGAUUACAAGCCCCCAUAAACGAUUACACGGCGGCAACAGGCUUCGUAGGCUUAAAACCUACUACAGGGAAGAGUCACCUCGUUCGGUCUAUAUUAGAAAGCAUCGUUUAUGGGAUUUUAUUACUUUACGAGUCACUGUGCACAGAAACUUCUUUCACUUAUGACAAAAUACGAAUCGACGGUGGAGUGUCAGGGAACGAUUUUGUGUCGCAAUUGUUGGCCGAUCUGACAAAUCUCGAGGUGGAACGAGCGACGAGCACAGAAAUGUCUAUUUUAGGAGUAACAUUUCUCGCUGGCUUACAAUGCGGUUUAUGGAAAAACAGGGAAGAGGUAUUUAAGCUUCGAAAGAUACAGACAAUAUUUAAGCCAAACGCAGAGAACACGGCGCGAUAUCAGCCGAUAAUUGCUCAAUGGAGAAUAGCUCUACAAAGACUCGGUCAAUGGUACUGAUAUUCAUACCAAUGAUAGAAAUUAAUAAUAGAUUACGGGAAUUUAUCGUAAGAAGCAAAAUGGUGGUCCUCGCUCUCCAAAAGGAAGUUCGGAAAACGAGAUACAGUGUGAUUUUAGGCAUUUUAGUCAUUUUUAUAAUAUACAUGGUCGUACUUGGUAUUCUGUUUUUAUUAUAAAAUCGAAAAUAAUAACUCUUUCAAACAGCACUUUUUAUAAUUGUAUAAAUCAGCAUACAUUUUUUUAUUAAUAAUAAUUGCUUUCGACAACGGUCAAGGUGAUUCAGUUUGUAGGUUAUUAUUUGCGACGAUAAACAUCGAAUGC